AUGGAUGACAGUGAAGAUGAUGAACUGUGUUUGGACUUGUUGCAUUUGAGAUGCUUUUGUAGCACCCAGGGCACUAGUGGACAAUUCUUUGAGGUAGAAGAAGAGAGAAGUUCUAUGCAUGACAUAACUACUGACAAACUAAGUAUUUUGUUACUAAAGCUGAAGGACCAGGAAGAAGUGAUUAAGAAGUUAAAAGAAGAAAUAGAACAUUAUGAAGAAGCUUUGGCGACAGAGGCCAGCCCUGAAACAGCUUUGGUGAAGGAACAUUUGGAGUACAAAGUGGAAAAUGAGAGACUGCUUCAAGUCGUUGCAGAACUCGAAGAAGUAGCCCAACUCAAUCUAAAAGAAAAUGCAUUUUUAGAAGAUGAAAUUAUGACUCUGAAAGAGACGGCAGCGAAGGAUCAGAAAACCAUUCAAAGGUUAACUGAAGGUAGAGAUAAAUUAAAGGCUGAACUUAAUGCUGAAAAAGUAUUAGUUCAAGAAAUGGUUAGUAAACAUAAAGAAGAAAUGGAAAUGAGAAAAAAGUGGGACGUCGUAAGUGACAAGGGCUCAAAGUCAUUGAAGGGGAAAGAGCUCACGUUUUCGCCAUGGUCCUCACAACACAGGAUGAAGCCAUCCUCUUUUCCCAGCACUUCAGGGUCUAAGACAAAACGAGGGAAGACUUCAAGGAAGUCUUUAAAGCAAAAGCACUCUGAGGUUGCAUCUGAUAAAUCUGUUGAGACACAUGAAGAUGAAGAGGUGAAAAUUCAACCUGAGUAUCAUCUAAAAUACUCAGUGGACCAGGUUGAAGAGAAACAUACUUUGGAGAAGGAAAUAGAAACGUUAAAGAAAAGUUUAGAGAAUGAAAAAAUGUUGACGGAAAGGUACUGGAAAUAA